AUGUGGACCUUCCUAGUGCAGUUCUUCUCCACUGUGCUGCAGUUCCGCCUGUCAAUGACCAAGCCCAGCGAGACAAUAGUGGCCUAUGAUCUGACAUCAACCGCUUUACCAUGCUAUGUAAUGGAAUAUGCACCGCUCGUCUGGCUAUAUAGCAAGGAAACAUACAUGCCUUCAGAUAUCGGGCAGCAGCUGGUACAUACGACACCAAUGGUAAAUUAUACUGCAAUCAAAGGAGCACCAUCACCGUUAACACUCAACAACCUCGCGGGGCUCAACAAAUUGGGAAAUACCAGCGUUUACUUGACCUCAAUAGAGGGCAUUGAUGCUACUCCAGAGCCAGCAUGGUUCCGUGGAGUGAAGCCAGAUAGGAAUGGAAAGACAAAAGGAGCUGUCUCAUCGACAAUCAUCACCCGUGAUCAUGGAAAUGGGACAGUGGAUGCUUUCUACUUCUACUUCUAUGCGUACAAUAUGGGAAACACAGUAUUGGGAAUGCAGUUUGGAGACCACGUCGGUGACUGGGAGCACAACAUGAUCCGCUUUGAUAACGGAGUCCCGCAAGCACUCUGGUAUAGCCAGCACGCCGGAGGUGAAGCCUUUACCUACGACGCAACUGAGAAGCAGGGCAAAAGGCCGAUCGCAUACUCCGCUAAUGGAUCUCAUGCUGUAUACGCAGUACCUGGCACCCACGACCACGCUAUCCCGCAUCUCAACCUCCCCUUCGGAUUCGUCAUGGACUACACAGACAAAGGCACACUAUGGGAUCCCAUCGCAAAUGCAUACGCAUAUAGCUUCGACGCAGCCAGCCAGACAUUCCAGCCCUACGACCGCAGAUAUCCAGUCAACUGGCUAGAGUACAAUGGGCAGUGGGGAGACGACGCAUUGCCGGGGGGACCGGAGCUCUUUGGACAAGCGAAAUACAGUGCGGGCCCGAACGGGCCUAAAUUCAAACACCUUGUCAGGUCGACUGUCUGUCCGGAUAGUCCUUGCGUCGUGCUGCCUUUUCGUAUUUGGGAUGAUGAGGAUGGUGAGAUGUAG